AUGACGGUGUGCCCGGUUUUUGGUGCAUCCCAGAGCUCCGCCCACGCCCAAGUGGCUGCGGAGAUCGCCGCGGCGCCCUACGUCAAGGCGGAGGCGUCCUAUGCUGCGUCGGAAGGGGAGUAUCGCCAUGCAGCCGCUGCCUGGAAGGCAGAAGAAAGCUCUGCGGAGCAGAGGGCGAUGCGAUUGCAGGGCGACUCAAAAGCGGAGGAGGCCCAAGACUUGGCGAAGCGCGCGCAGGAUCUGACUACGGGUGCAAAGGUCACUGUAGUUCUCGAAGAUGUCAUCUGGAGUAGCAAUGCUGGAAUUGGUAAGGUGGUGCCAGGUGGUCAAGUUACCCGUUUGAGUGGACUUAUCCCCCCUGGUGCUCAUGCUUCUGAUCGCAUCACCUUGGUAGGUUGCAAGUUCCUGGCCUUUGGACUGCUUGUUGACUUGGAAGUUGAUGAAGCGUGCACUGUUCUGUGUCAUCGUCCUUUGGUCAUGAGUCACCUGUUCAACUUGGUUGAAGUCUGUGCUGGCGUUGGACUUUCUUCCUUGGGUUUUGAGCGUGCUGGUUUCAAACAGGUGUGUGCAGUUGAGAAGCAACCGAAACUUGCUGCCCUUCACCGGUCUGUCCAUCCAGAUGUCCCUGUUCUGUGUGCUGAUGUCACUGAGGACACCACUGUCAGUCAGGUCUUUGCCCAAUGCCAAUUUCCUGAUGAAGCACAACUUGCCUUGUCACCAGAUGAAAUCAAGAAGUUCCAGGCAGGAGGACUGACGUUGAAGCAGUGCGCAGUCAAACCUGAGCACAAACUGCCCACGGCACUCCACUCAUGGGGUAACCAAACCACGGAAUGCCCAUGCCAGUGUAGGGAUCAGAGCUUUUCAGAAGGACUCUUGAUUGCCAAAGGGAUUUACUCACAGCUUUUGCAGAUGCCCCCCACUGCCGAUGCCCCUGGACUUUGGCGUCAUUUGCAUGUGCUGGAAGUGUCACUGCUGAAUGGAGUGCCUUUGAACCUUGCUUGGGGCCCAGAGCAAAGACUCAAUCUGUGCGCAGCUGGCCAGAUGGCUGCACCUAUGCAUUCGAUUUGGAUUGCAUCCGCCUUAGCAAGACAUGUCCAGUUGCUUUUUACCAAUGACAUGCCGCUUGAACCUCUCAAAAUGCUCAGUGACUUGAAACAUGAAGUUCUCCUUCAGAGCAAGCAGCUGUACCCUGACAUUCCGGCAACGCCCAAAAUGCCAGACCGUUGCUCAGUCGUGAUCAAAGAAACGGGACAUUCAGAAUGGACGUUGUCAUUCCAUCCUGAUGCCCGGAUUCAUGAACUUGUAGUUGCACACAGCCGCAUGCAUGAUGUCCAGAGUGAUGAUGUUUGGGUGAGGGAUCAUGAAGACCGACUUGUGCCGCAUGAAUCUUUGAUUGCAAGCCAUGUCAGCCUGACCAUUGGUUGCACCACAGACAUGUUUGUCCAACAGCAGCCAGAAGCCAUUUUGUUGGCCGCACCUUUGUGCACUGCUGAUUUCGAAGAUGAUGCCAGUAGCCACGUGCCAGACACAUUGGUUGAUGCACCGCAUGAUAGGGAUGGACAUGAGGAUACAGAUGCAAUCAUGGACUUCGAAGAUGCCCUGCCAGCCCUUACGAAUGCAACCCCGGCUGCCCCUCAGCCCAAUGUCCAAGAUGGAACGGUAGGUGGACUUUUUGCGCUUGAUGCCCACCAACUGGUCAGCCAAUUGCCACCUUUAGUACGUGACAUUGACCUUUGCCAAGCCAUGCGUAGCCCUGCAUUGACUGUACAGGCAAGAAUCCAGCUCCUUGACCGACAGCAAUCAGUGUGGGCAGAUGACGAAAUUUGGUGGCAAAUGCAAGCCUUGAGUCCUUUGACCAAACAGUCCAAAGUUGCCAUCCUUGACCCGUUGCUUGCCAACACAUGGCUGUCAGUGCAAAGUGUUGAAGCCGUCCGCAGUUGGCUUGAAAUCCAACCUCAGUUCGACAGAAUUGCCUCAGUUGUCCUCCACCAAGGACACUGGUUGCCGUGCGUGUGGGUCAAGAAGCUUAGUGAGUUGGAAGUGCACAUGUGGGAACAUGACAGUGUUGACAUUGAUGCCUUGAAUCCGUUACAUGGAAUCAUUUGCCAGGCUCUCCAACUUCCGAUGUUUCAAACAGCUUGCACCCGCCGACAGUUUGGCCUCACCAAUUGCGGCGCAGCUGCCAUUGCCUUCCUUCAGUACAAACUCCAUGGCCUUGCAUUACCCAGUGAUGACCAGCAGUUGGAAUUUGCAGCACAAAGCCUCAAAGAGGAUUUCCGCCUGUCCCAUGAUGGAUUUCAAUACAUGCCACGUCCAUGGUGUUGGGGAGCGGGGGUGCCCGAUGUAGUAGCCAUCACUACUUCCCUUUUGCAGCAGCAUGGCGUCCCGCAGAGUGCCUCAGUGUCGCGAGCCAAGCUUCUGACUCAAAGCCUCGGACAUGACCAAGUGAAACAAGCUGUGCAAGGAUCGUCUCCCUGGAAAUCCUUGAAACAUAUGGCUAACCAACAGACCCCACCGUUUCAACUGGUGCUCCCAGAUGAGCUUGCAGCCGUCCAACAAGAUCGCAAAGCCAAGCCAAAGAAGAACAUGCCUGCCAACGGUGCCAAAGUUGCACCCACGAGACCGGUCGAGGUGGACCCUUCACGACUUGAGCUGGCUGAGAACACGUUCAAAAUGGAAGAUGGCACCAGUGCACCACAAUUGCAACUGUCUCAGGUGGGACCUUUGGCCACAGGUGUUGCUUUGGUAUCUUACUCAGAUGCUCUGCCGUUUUUGCAGUCCGGCCGUCAGUUGACAACCAAAGGAUUGGCACUGUUGAUCCUCAAUGGCCCUGAUGAUUUGAACACCGCACUGACAUGGACUUCCAUACGUUUUGCGGCUAAGUGUGCCGUCAACCAACAACCAGUGCUUUUGUCAGGGUUCCUUGUCCAGCUGGGCAGUCAAGCAAUCGGUCCAUACUUCAGGUCUGAUGGCCAAGUGGUUCCAGAUGUCCCAGUCGCAUGUGCCAGGAUCACAGCGUUUGCCGACCAGUGGCCACAAGAUUGGGAGACGUUUUCGUCGCAUCCGUUCAAACAUUUGCUUGCCAUGUUGCCGCCGCUUCAGUCGUGUCGACUUGACCAAUGUCAGUGUGAGAAGUGGCAUCAAGACCCAAUGACACCGGCCACAGAUGUUCUUUUGGAUGUCUUCAAACGCCAGUUUUACACAGAUGCAGGUCGCCCCACUCGACCGAGUUCAGCCACACACUUCAGUGUACAGAUCCGAUACUUGAAGUCUCAAGAAGCCGCCCUGCUCCGUCUGUCAGGUACCAAUGGGAUCUACAUUGAGCCGAGAUUGCCAGAUGCCACCUCGCCCUCAGAUGAGUACCAGGUAGUGUGGUUGCCUCAGGCGUCCUUUGCCUCUGCACAGCACCAGUCGCAAUGUGAGCCCCUCAGCAUUGGUCUUGCCCGUUCAGGCAAACGUUUUGGUCUUAGAGUGUCAGCCAAACAAUUCCAGCAGCUGUUUCAGAAACUGAAGCCCGAUGGCCAAUUUUUGGCACCAGGCACCAGACAGCUUUGGCACUGUGGACCAUGGCCGUAUGGCACAGACCGCAAGUCACUUGGCCGUAUCUUCACUGAAUGGACAUGGCAGGCCAGGCCAUUACAGCCGGUCAAACCGAUCAAUGGUGGAGUUAUGUGGCUUGUACAAUCAGUUGCCGAUCCACCGCAGACAGUGCACAAUUUGUCGCAUGGCCAGGUAGUGAUCUCACGCUGUGACUCACAAAGAGACGGCAUGACCACCGUAGGCUCAGCAGUUGGUCCCCAAAGCACAGUGGAGCUUUGUGCAGCCAUUUCCAGCCAUGACCCGUGGCUUGUCCGUGAUCCCUGGCAGCAAGCUAUCCAACAGAUGCCCAAACAGCCUGGACCCAACGUUUCCUCCCACUUGCAGGAACUGGAAGAGAGGAUGACUCAGAACAUCCUUGACAAGUUGCCUCAAGACCGCAUGGAAACAGACGAAACUGAGAAUCGCUUGCAGCUUUUGGAGCAUGAGAUGACCCUACUGGCGUCACGCCACCAAUCGUUGGAGCAGACCGUCUCCGAGAACCAUCGUCAAAACUCUGCCCAAGUCCAGACCUUACAAGCCCAGAUGAUGUCCCAAAUGGAAGUUCAAAGCUGCCAGAUGGCCAGAAUGUUCGAGGACCAAAUGACGAAGCUGGAGACCAUCUUGUCGAAGAAAGGUCGGUAUGAGUGA